GAAGCCGAAUGAGGCGGACGUGUGACGCUCGCGCGCGCAUCAUUUUGCAUAAGUGCCGCAAAAUGCGCGCGUGUUUCAGUUUCUGUUUGUGUUGUCAUAUUUGUUGCUGGCUGGCCAAGUGAUUUUCGCGCUAGUUAUUCUCGGAAUCAACAAGUACUUAAGAAAAUGUUACACUAAAUAAACAAUGUAUGCCGUUAACGAAACAAACUAAAAACUUCAAAUCAAAAUCAAAACAAAAAGCAUAAUAAAACUAAUAAAAACUGAACGUGGCCGCUGAGGGACGUGCGAUAAGAAGAACAACAAAAACAAUAACAAUUGGCCGUCACUGCUCUCGAAUGCAGUGACAACAGCAACAGCAACAACAACAACAACAACGACAAGCAAAGUGUGUGUUUUUAUUUUAGUUGCAUUCUUGUGAACGUCGCUGCAUCUGCGUCAAAAGCGUCAACGCGUCGCGGCGACGGCGACCGCGACGUCGGCGUCGAAAGUUUGGAGUCCAGAGAGAGGCUUCCAAAACGUGGCUUACGAAGUAAUUAAUACAUAAUUAUAAUCAUAAUAAUAAUAUUAAUAAUUGCACUUAUUACUGCAUUCGUUCGUGUUGUUUGCCCACCUUUUUUUUACUGUGUUUGUGCUGUGCUGUGUGUUUACCUGUUAAUUAGUUUACCUGAGACACGCUUUGUUUUUGUUUUGUGUUGAUUGCCAGCCAGGGAAUAUGUCGAUGCCGUGCCACUUGUUGCAUGCUUUGUCCAUGCAGCAGCAGCAACAGCAACAGCAACAGCAACGAACUCGCAUCAAAUGUUACUCAUACGCCAUGUGUUGUCCGCUUGCAAUCAAAGCAGAUGAAGCAGCAUGUUGCACUACCGCAAGCAACAGCAACAGCAAAUGCAGCAGCAGCUGUCUCAGCUUGCUCAGCUUAAGACUCAUUGACUAAUUAAACUGUCACCACAACUGUAUUGCCACAACAGCAACAUCAACAACAGCAACAACUACAACAACAAGAUUAGCUAUAAGCAACAACAACAACAACAACAAAAAGCCAACAAUCAAAUUUGGACAUCAAACAACGCAAAAUGUCUGAGUCGCGUCGCCAGUCGGUGAGCUUUACAGCAAUGCCGCCGGGCGUUCUAGUCAACGAUAGCCGGGCCAAUUCCACCGAUGACAUACAAAUCGCCCUGGCGCCCCACAUCCAAACCUAUCUAAGUCAAACCGGACGAAGGCAUUCCUGCUGCAGCGUCAUGCUGCCGGUGGCCUUUGAGCGAGCCGCCGCCAAAUCCUGGCUGGAUCCCAAGUUCGAUUCGCCCGUUCUCGAGGAGCAGUUUCAGGCCAGCGUCUUUCCCCACAUCCGCAUGCGAUACAGAUUCACACUCUCGUACAUUCUACUUUGCUCCGUGGUCUGGUGUCUGUAUUUUGUGAUCGAUGGCGGCUCCGAGGACUUCUGGCGUCCCAUCUCGACAUCGUUCUCGAUGAUGUCGCUGGUGACGAUCAUGGCGAUGUGCUUCACCCACUGGGAUCUGUACAAGCACCACAGAACUCUGACAUCGGCGCUGACCGCCCUCAUCCUGUGCAGCGCCUCGUUGGCCUUUCUCACGUACACGGGUCGAGCGUUCAGUCCGCUGGGACACUUUGCCAUCUGCCUGGAGAUUGUGCUGUUGAUCUACACGGCGCUGCCGAUGCCACUGUGGCUGGGCGCCAGCAUUGCGAUCUGCUAUUCGAUUGCCUUCGAGCUGGUCUCCCACAUGGUCAUCGGAGUGAGCGCUGUGCAUGGGGCAACAACAACGACAGUCGAAGGAGCAACAGCAGCAACAAUAGCCGAGGGAUCGACAAGCGAUCCCAGUCACAAGAUACUCAUGCUGCGCAUCAUGGCACAUCUGAGUGUCCAUCUCGUUGGCGUCCAUGUGCUGAUCAUGAAUCUGGUGCGCAUGCGCGGCACCUUCAUGAAGGUCGGCCAGAAUUUGCUGGUGCGCCGACAGCUGGAGAUGGAAAAGCAGCUGAAGGAGAAGAUGAUACACUCGGUGAUGCCGCCCAAGGUGGCCGAUAUGCUGCUCAACGAGGGCGGCAGCGGUGGCCUCGAUCCUAAUCAGCCACCCGAAUCGCAUUAUAUGCGUCCACGUGCCUCGCACGAUGUCAAAUCCCUGUUUCGACCCUUUCACAUGCACAGCAUGGAGAACGUGAGCAUUCUGUUUGCCGACAUUGUCGGCUUCACUCGCAUGUCAUCGACAAAGACGGCCGAACAAUUGGUGGAGAUUCUCAACGAUCUGUUCGAGCGCUUCGAUGAUCUCUGCACGCUCAGCGGUUGCGAAAAGAUCUCCACUCUGGGCGAUUGCUACUAUUGCGUCUCCGGUUGCCCCGAACCCAGAGCUGAUCAUGCCAUCUGCUGUGUCGAGAUGGGUCUCGGCAUGAUCGAUGCCAUGCGCUGCUUCGAUGCCCAGCGCCAUGAGGGUGUCAAGAUGCGUGUCGGCGUCCACACCGGCACCGUUCUCUGUGGCAUCGUUGGCACGCGACGCGUCAAGUUCGAUGUGUGGAGCAACGAUGUCAGCCUGGCCAACAAAAUGGAGUCGUCAGGCAAGCCGGAGCAAGUGCACAUCUCGCAGGAGACGUCGAGUUUCCUGGGCGACGCCUACUACCUGGAGGAGGGCGAGGAGGUCUAUGGUCAUCGCACCUACUUUGUGGUGGGACGUCGUCGAGAUGUGUCGCGUGCCAACAGCUUGAGUCCCAGCAUGGCAGCAACGGCCACCGGUGGCAGUUCGUUGCUGCUGCCCGGGGCACAUGGCGCCUUUGCCUCGUUGUCGCAGAGCGCCACGAAUAUCUCGGUGGUGCAGCCGCAUGUGCCGCCCGCAUCGCCAGUGGGUCAGCUGUCCAACUCGCUGAAGUCAUCGCCAGUGCUGUCGAUGCGUCCGCGCCUCACCUCGUUGAGCAUGAAGCUGCGCAAGAAGUCGCAAUCGCAGACACAGUCGCAAACGCAGCAGAGUCGCGAUCGUGAUCUGGAGCGUGGCAUCAUACAUCCGGCCGCAUCGGGAAUACCUCCGGUGAUUGUGGUGCGUGAGCGUCCCAAGAUAAUCAUCACGACAAAGUCGCUGCCGGGCAGUCUCGAUUCCGAUGAGCAGCCGCCAUCAGCCGGAGCACCAACAGCAACCACAAUUGCCAUGGAGCAGGAGCAAGGGACAACAGCAGGGCAACAGGAGCUGUGCUCCAAGCUCAAGCUCAAGAUGUGGAAGAUGCCGCGUUUCCUCAAGCUCAGUGCACGCAACAAGGAGAAGGAAAAGGACAAACUGUCGUCGGAUAAGCUAGACAGAGAUAAGGAUAAAGAGCAGCCGACCACACGCAUGCACUCCAAUUCGUUGGCUGCGCCAGGCGAUGAAUGCCUGGCAUUCAUCGAGUCAUCAACGCCCUCGCCAUCCCCGGUGGCCAAUGGCUGUUCGGGCUAUCAGCAGCUGCCGGUGCUCGUGGAGACGUCGUGUAACACACGGCUGAGCAGCAAUCAAAUGCUGGACAUACCCAAUGCACGUCCGGUGCUGCAUCAUGCGGCCACCUCGACGGCGCUCUCGAGCAGCGUGAUGCGUUCGCCAGAUGGCGGAGCUGCCGGUGGCGGUGGCAGCUGCUGUUCGCCGGGACAGUAUUCGAUGUACGACGACAUCAUCGAUGUUCGCAGCUACAUCAGUCAAUCGCGCAGCGACAUCUCGCCCUUUGGCCGCACCGGCAGCUAUCGCUCUCAGUGCGGCCGUCAGUCGAGUAGUGCAGCAGCAGCCGGCGGGGGCGGGGGCGGGGUCGCAGCUCCUUCAGCUGCCAGUCAAUCGAUGGAGCAGUCACCAUUGCCACGGCCACGCGCCUCCACACUGACCACGGGACGUGGCAUGAACACCGAACCGAGCAGCAGCAAUUGCACUGCCAAUGCCAAUGCCCAAGCCAACAAUUCGGCCAACACAUGUUGUCUUCCGGCGCCAGGCAACGCAGGCGGCGGCACUCACUCGCAUUCGCGUAACUCGAGCAUUUGGCCCGACGGCCUGAGCAUUUGUCCGUCGGCGACGUCACGCAAGGAUUCGGGCAUCAAGAGUAAUUCGCGUCGCAGCUCGAUACAGCAACAGAUCUAUGCCCUGAAUCAAUCGGCCAUCAGUCAGCAUCGUGUCUCCGGCUACUUCACCAGCUCCACGUCGAGCAUCUCGAAUUUGGGCGAACCGGGCGCCCUGCCCUGCCCCCUGCCACCGCCAGUGGCAGCGUUGGGCCAACAACAGCCGGCCGAUCCGUUGUCCGCCUGCCUCCAGCAGCUGCGCAAGCAAUCCGAUCUGCAGCUGAUACGUUGUGUGCGCGACAAUGCGCGAUCACAGCGCAGCUAUCUGGUGAAGCCGCCGUUGCGUCGCUUCAGCCUGUACUUCAAGUCACGCCAGCUGGAGCGGGAUUUUCGGUCGAAGGCGCAUCGCUUUGGCAGCGAGCACGAAACCGAAGGACCGCCCACAUUGGCCACGCCCCGUUACAAUACAUACAUCGACAUCUUUGUGGGCAUCGCCGUCUAUCUGUGCAUCUCGGUGUCGCUGUUCCUGAUGACCCAGAACACGGUGACGCCCAGCUUCCGUUUGUGGGUGACGCUCUUCUCGUGCUUCACGGCCAUCCAAGUGUUUGCCCUGUUCCUUUUCACACGCCAGAUGUGUCGACGCCACGGCACCCGGUUGCGCUCCAAGUCCACGGUCAGCGAACACUUGACCGGCAACAACAAUGGCAGCGAAUCGACGACGCCACAACCGACCACUGGGAACCAGUUGCCACCCGAACUGCAGCAUCAACAGUCGCGACAGUCGCGCCGUCAAUCGCGACAAUCGCAACAGUUUGAGUCGUGUGCGGAUCGCAUCUUUGAGGCCAUCUCCAGCUGGUAUCCGUGGCACAUUUGUCUGGCCGUGCUCAUGGCCAUGCCCGUUGUGCUGAUCAUUGCCAACUUUCUGCUCUUGGAUCUCACACAGUUGGAAGCGUUCGAAUAUCAUUAUGGCUUCCUCAUCUUUGUGUGCAUCGUGCACUUUUGCAACUUCACCCAGUUGAAUUGCUGGAUGCGCAACAUACUCGCCUUCCUGGCGGCGCUCUGUUUCAUCGGCAUUGCCGUCUCCCAGCUGACGGUGUACUCCAGCCGAUCGGAGAUUGAACCGGAGGCGGGCAACUUGAAUGCGGAUGCCAAUCGGAGUGCGGCGAGUGCGUUCAUCUUUGAGGAGAUCAAAUGGUUUCACGACUACCAUGUAGAAAUCUAUUUGGAUCUGCUGUUGAUACUGGUCCUUGUCUGGCUGUUGAAUCGCGAAUUCGAGAUUGGUUAUCGCCUCACCUUCUACGGCAAUGCGGUGGCCAAUCAGGACAAAGUCCGUGUGCAGAACAUGAAGAAUCAAGCGGACAUGCUGCUCCAUAAUAUCAUACCCAAACAUGUGGCCGAGCAUCUCAAGAAUACAGCCAAGUAUUCGGAGAAUCAUCGCAACAUUGCCAUCAUCUUUGCCUCGAUUGUCAACUUCAACGAAAUGUACGACGAAAGCUAUUUGGGUGGCAAGGAAUUCUUGCGUGUUCUCAACGAAUUGAUCGGCGAUUUUGAUGAACUGUUGUCGCAUCCCAAGUUUCGGGCCGUCGAGAAGAUCAAGACAAUUGGCUCCACAUUUAUGGCGGCCAGCGGGCUGGAUCCUUCGCAUCGCGGCACUGGCGAUGAGCAUAUUCACACGCUCAUGGAGUUUGCCAUCGAGAUGCAAAAGGUGGUCAUUGAGUUCAACAAGGAUCUGCUGGAGUUCAAUUUGAUUUUACGCAUUGGCAUGAACAUUGGCGAUGUCACCGCUGGCGUCAUUGGCACCAGUAAACUCUACUAUGACAUUUGGGGCGAUGCUGUCAAUGUGGCAUCCCGCAUGGACUCCACCGGAGUGAGGGAUCGCAUUCAGGUGGGCAAGGAUUGUCUGCCCUUUUUGGAGGCCAACUAUAAGUUUGAGCCGCGCGGCAGUGUCUAUGUGAAGGGCAAGGAUCACAUGGAGGUAUUUUUGUACACGGGACGUCGGACGCAGUUGGAGGAGCAGCCACUGAUGGAUCAACUAGACGAGCAGCUAGUCGAAUCCCAGGAGUCCACAGAGCUGAACGCUGAGGUGGAGCAGAAACUGCAAAAUGUGGCAGUUGAAUUAAAUCAUUUGGAGGCCGAGCAUGUGGAGGAGGAAGCAACGAAUAAUGACGAGGAUGAGGAGGAGGAAGAGGAAGAGGAGGAUGGCGACCUACACUCGAGCGAGACAACAACGCUAUUCAAGUCACAGGAAUCGCUGCAUGCCGCACAUACCGCAAACGGUGGCAGCCACUUUAAUGCAGCAAACACAACCGAAACUUAGAAGAAACGAAACGAAACUCUACUUGAAGCCGAUGUCUGAGCCAAGGAAACGGUUUCAAAAUUGCAUUUAAACGCCAAUGAUGAAUGUCCUGGCCAGCCAUCGCCGGAGUGGGAGUGGAAGUGGAAAAGGAAAAGGAGAAUUGAAUGGGAUAAUGGGUGAAUAGGAUAAGUUAGCGCAAAGGGGGGAAAAGAAAGCGUAUAUUUGUGAUAUGUAACUAAUGUUGAAUAUGUACGAGAUAUAGAUGUGGGCCAAGUGUGCCCUCAACCCGAUAUUGUUGAGAACGAGAAUAAGAAGUAGUAGAAGGCGAAGAAGAAGAAAUGUAAUAUGUGAGGUUAUGUUGAAUACUGUUUGAUCGCAUUAAUUUAUGUAUUAACCAGAUAUUUAGUGGGCCGAGUUCUAUAUGCAUAUUAUAUAUGUAUGUAUGUGUGUAUACAUGUUGUAAUUAAUUAACUAUUCUUAAUUCGAUUCGAUUAUAUUUCUAUUUGUAUUUUGUAUUUGUAUUAGAAAGUGUUUUUUUUCUGUCUGUCCUUGUCCUAUUUGUAUUUGUAGCGUGUAUUUUCAAUGUAGCUUAAUUUAUACAAAUGUAAUCGUAAUUAUAAUUGUAACUGUAAUUAUAUAUGUAUAAUGAUCGUAAUGCUAAGUAAACCAGAUUACAACACACACACUAAACUAAUGGAAAUUCGUGGCUUUAAAUGUAUUAACUGUAUUUUUUGCUUAGUCCUAAGCAAUAUAACAGCUACCUGUGCGUGUGUGCGUUUGUGUGUAUGUGAAAGAGUGUGUGUGUGAAUGUGUGCAUGUAUGUCUGUAUGUGUGUAUGUUUUUUUUUUUAAUUUAUAGCUGUAAUUUAAACUAACCACAAGAGCCGACUAGUUAAUAAAUGUUAUCAACUUUCUAAACAUA